AUGAGUGUCCUACCACCAGAGAACACAGAUCGACUCGAGCAUGAGAGGCAGCACGAUGCCGAACUCCUCCACGACAAGGAGAUGACAGAGCAUCGCGAGCAUGCCCAUUAUGACGAGAAAUCACAGGUCAAAGAGGAGUUGACGACUGCAAGCCCUUCUGAGCCAAGCAGCGACACGCCGGAGUACCAGACUAAGACGGUCUGGACGCUCAAGACUUUCGUUGCCACGGUUGCUCUCAGCGGCCUCUACGUCGGUUCGCAGAUACCGCUCUAUUUCGUGGGCGGAUCUCUUACUUUCAUCGCUGCUGAUAUUGGCGGAUCUGAGGCAUCCGCCUGGCUCUCCGUGUCAUAUGCCCUUGCCCUAUCUGCAGUGGCACCCUUCUGUGGCUAUCUCCAGGAUCUCGUUGGUCGACGCAACAUUACCCUUGCUGGUGGCGUGGCACUCAUGAUGGGCUGCAUCGUCCUGGCGACGGCCCGCUCGUUUGGCGCAGGCGUUGUGGGAAUGAGCUUCGCUGGGGCUGGGGCUGCGAUCGGCGAAUUGACAGCUCUUGCUGGGACCUCCGAGCUCGUCCCUGUCAACAAGCGAGGAAUAUAUCUUGCUCUGGUGACGUUGUUCGUUUUGCCAUUCGCGCCGUACUUGCUUUACGCGCAGCUGCUGUCCACCUAUCACACCUGGCGAUGGGGCAUCUGGAUCUGCUUGAUCUGGAAUGGCCUCUGGUGGGUCAUCAUCUUUAUCGUCUACUUCCCAGAAUCUCAGAUUCGGGCGAAGGGCCAAGCUGCCAAGGCGAUUCUGAAGAGGAUCGAUUACAUCGGCGGAGCGCUGUCAAUCAUGGGCUUGACACUUAUUCUGGUCGCUCUCCAAGCCGGCGGGUACUCUCACCCCUGGUCGAGUGGCUAUGUGAUCGCGCAACUCAUCGUUGGCGUGUUUCUUCUUGCCGCCUUCGUGGUCUGGGAGUGGAAGUACUGCAAGGAUCCGAUGGUCCCGCACGAAAUGUUCACGGGGCAACGAAUCGUCGCAAUGGCGUAUGGGAUUGCCUUCAUCGCCGGCAUGAACUUCUACGCUAUGCUCAACUUCUUCCCCCUGGCCUUCAGCAGCAUCUUCGACCCUGAUCCGGUCAAGGUCGGCCUUCGUGGCCUGGCCGCCGGACUGUCCACCACCUUUGGCGCAGUCAUUGCCAACGCCGCCCUCUCAUGGUUCAAGGGCCACAACCGCGAACUCCUCCUAGCAGGGUGCAUUAUCAUGACAGCUUUCGGGGGCUCUUUCGCCACAGUAAACCCCGACCGCGAAGGCCUCGCCAUCGGCCUCGGCACCAUGACAGGCUUUGGUGUCGGAGCCGUGCUCGUGCCCGCCGCCACCGUGGCCGUCACAGUGACGCCCGACACAAGCAUCGCCACGUGCGUCGCCCUGUCGCUCACGAUCCGCGCCGUCGGUGGCUCCAUCGGAUAUGCCAUCUACUACAACGUUUUCAUCAACAAGCUCACGCCCAAAUUGCCCGCCUAUAUCGGGGAAUACGCCGUCGCGGCGGGCCUUCCCCUCUCCUCGGCUGAACAGUUCGUGGCCACUUACCUGGGCGCGCCUGCGAAUUUGACGUCCGUGCCGGGCGUGAACGCGCAAAUCAUCGACGCGGCCGCCAUAGGCAGUCGCUGGGCGUACGCUGACAGCCUGAAAUACGUGUGGUUGACCAGCAUCAGCUUCGGCGCCUGCGCCAUCAUUGCCUGUCUUUUCAUCGGCAACAUCUCGAAAUACAUGACCAACCGGGUGGCGGCGAGGAUUCGUGAGUAA